GGACAAGCCCCGGAGAAGCAGCGAUGUUACUGAUUUCAUUUCAUGAUCAUUAUCCUGCUCACCUGCGCUGCUGGUGGCGAACCAACGACGUGGACUGUUCUCAGAUCCGUGGCUAUCCUUCUGCAGGUUAGGUGUCAGCCCAGGCGGCGACAGGACGCGCUGAAGGUCGCCCGUUGGCAGAAUCGACGGCGAACUCACGUGUUGGCCGCCAGGGUGUGUCGUGCAGAUCGUCCGGGUUGGAAGACGCGCCGUCGACGGUCCAGCGAGUAACGUUACACAAACUUCCGGCGGAGCGUCAGGAAGUGCCGGAGAAUGGAGGCGUCCCCGGAUGCGUGCCACAAUAAGCAGUCUGCACGCCAAGUAGCCACGUGCCCUCCAAGAUUAGCGUAUCGCCGCCCCGACGAGUCCGGAGCGCGGCAGAGACGAACAGAAAGAGCGGGCGAGCAGCAGCAGGGGCCGGUCGUGUAUGCGGCGUCGAGGACAGCUCAGGCCUCUCUGCGCUGGCCCCGUACGAAAGAAUUACGGUGAUCGAGCGUCCGCGCAGGCCCUGGCUCCGAUUGGCUGGGCCACGCGGCUUCUCCCUCUGCUCGCAUGAUCGGCUCGCUUGGUCGCUUCCUCUGAUGCCCUGUCAGACGCCCCCGCCCGGGCCAUUCCGCCCGCCACCGACAAUCCAGCCUAGCGCCACCUGUUAUUACUGGUGCUCGCUAGACUUUUGGCUGGCCGCUGCUGCGCUGAUAUGUUGCGUCUCCC